AAGAAGAAAAGUGACAGCCACGUCCAGCGCGCGUUCUUAAAGCUUUUCCCGAAGAAGUUUCAUCAUUUUAUUCUGCCCUCCCUGUCUCCCGUGUGCUAACAUAGAGAGAAAAAGACCGGGAGGGGGUGGGAGGAUGGCUUUGGACUUUCGUUAGUGACCAGUCCUUCGGAUCCUAUCGACUCUGUCUCGGCGUCACUUUAAUGUGGGAAUUUUAACGCUGACUGACAGUCACUGGCAGUUUCCAUGGGCUGUUUGUCCACCCAGACUUCGGAUUACAUGUUCAUUUAGAACUAUAGUCACUGCAAGAUCCUGGAACGUUGUUACAGUGUCCAGAAAUGGAGACAUGGCAGCCAAUUUGUGGACAGCAAGCUCGUACAAACAGCAAUGAGUCAACAAUCAAGUGAUCUUGCUUUAGCGCUGUUGACUAAAGGAUAAAGAUUGGUCAGGAGUCCAGGGAGAACUCCAUCAGUUGUCUGUUACAUCCAAGUCAAGCCUGCAGAUGGGGCUCAGUUAAACAUCUCUACCAGAAUGCAACAUCCCCAACAGGACAGCACUGCCCCUUCUUCCCCACCUCCACCAUACUGCCCAGGAGUACCACCUUUCUCACUGAGCCCUGGAGUGAGACUCGAACCUGGAACCUUUUGUGGUGAGGGUGUUGUGAGCCACAGUUGACAGGAGUUGACAACCCUGAACAAUAGGAGAAGGGAGGUCCGGAGACUCUAGCUACUAAAGAAUAGGAGGUCAAGGUCAUCUCAAGGAGCCAGCCAAUCAGAAAGCCUGUAGGGAUGCUGUAAAGCCAGGUGACUCUGGGAAGGUGGCUGAAUGUUAAAGAUGGCAACCCAAUACAACAAUGAACUGAAAUGUGUUAGCGUAGAGUGGGACUUCCUUCAAGGACUGCUCGUAAAGAACCAACCAGUCCCUUGUUUGCAAGCCCUCCGGAAAGAGAAGUCUCGCAAUGCUGCUCGCUUUCGACGGGGGAAGGAAAACUUUGAGUUUUACGAAUUGGCAAAGAUGCUUCCACUCCCAGGAGCCAUCACCAGCCAGCUGGACAAGGCCUCCAUCAUUCGGCUGACUAUCAGCUACCUCCGGAUGAGAGACUUUGCCAAUCUGGGGGAUCCGCCAUGGAACCUGAGGAUUGAGGGGCCCCCGCCUAACAUCUCUGUCAAAGCAAUAGGAUCCCAGCAGAGGAGAAGCUCCACUUCCUUGGCCAUUGAGUUAUUUGAACAGCACUUAGGAGGACACAUCCUACAGUCCUUGGAUGGUUUUAUUUUUGCACUAAAUCGAGAAGGGAAAUUUUUGUACAUCUCUGAAACUGUCUCCAUCUACCUGGGACUGUCACAGGUGGAGCUGACUGGCAGUAGCAUCUUCGAUUACAUUCACCCUGGCGAUCACGUGGAGGUGGCAGAGCAGCUGGGACUGAAACUCCCAAGUGGCCGAGGGCACAGCUCACAAACCUCCAAUGAGGACGGGGCAAGUUCAACAUCUUCCUCCUCACUGGCUGAGACACCUGAGUCAGACUCUGGGAGCCCCAGUCUCCUGGGCGAUGAUAAUGUGUUGGAGCGCACGUUCUUCAUUCGCAUGAAGUCAACGCUGACCAAGCGAGGGGUUCAUGUCAAAUCUUCAGGAUAUAAGGUUAUCCAUGUCACAGGGCGUUUGCGAUCUCGGAUUUUGUUGCCUCAUGCUCGUGCUGUUCCCACCAGCUUUAUGGGGAUGGUGGCUCUCGCCCAUACUCUCCCGCCUUCCACCAUCAAUGAGGUUCGGAUUGAGUGCCACAUGUUUGUCUCCCGGGUCAGUCUGGAUCUGCAGAUAAUCUACUGUGAAAACAGGAUUUCUGAUUACAUGGACCUAUCCACCACAGAUGUUGUGGGGAAAAACUGCUAUCACUUCAUUCAUGCUGAGGAUGUUGAAGGAAUCAGGCACAGCCACCUGGACUUGUUAAACAAGGGGCAGGUGGUCACCAAGUACUAUCGCUGGAUGCAAAAGAAUGGAGGUUACAUGUGGGUGCAGUCCAGUGCAACCAUCUCCAUCAACGUCAAGAAUGGAAAUGAGAAGAACAUCAUCUGGGUCAACCACGUGCUGAGCAAGCCAGAGCACCGAGAUACCCCAAUGGACAUCUCCCAGCUUCCGUUGUCAGCCAUUAAAACUUCCAAGCAACUGGAGUUGUCAGAUUCGGAAUCUGAUUCCCGGGAACACUUAGAAAGGGACAAUCCAAAAGACAUUGGGAAGCGAAGCAAUUACGAGAAGGGGACAGAGCCCCGCACAGAGGGCUGGAAACGAUCAGCAAGCCAGUCGGAGGAAGAGUUGACUUCGGCCAAGGAUGACAGUGACACCAGCCAGCCCGACGACUCGGACAGCGAGGGGCCAAGCGCCGGGAGGAGGAGCUUCAUCCUGUCCAAGGUCAAGCGCAUGAAGGUCGAGGGGGACAGUGAGGUGCGGCCAGCAGCCCGCGAGUCCCGGAGCUCCCUCCCCAGUGGCGGUGACGGGGACACAGAUAGCUCGGAGGAUGAAAACGGCGGCUUAGCCAGUAAGCCCCAGUACCUAAAGAGGAAGAAGAGGCCUCGGGAAAGCUCGGCCUCCAGGGCCAGGUCGUCAGACUCACCGAGCCCAGGCGCCUCCGACUUUGGUGGUGGAGGAGGUGGAGGUCGGACCCCGUCCAAACCCACACCUGACCGUAUCUCUCCCCUGAAAAUCAAGACUGAGGCCACUCAGCCCGUCAACUUCGAUAACAACAGCGCAAUCUGGAACUUUCCACCCAACCGCGAGGUCAUGAGGAGUGAGCUGCCUUACCGCUUGGCGACCUCAGAGCACUUUCACCCAGUACCAACUCUUCACGUUGCCAUCCCAGAUUCUGUCCUGACGCCCCCAGGGGGCGCCGAUGCCAGUGGUGGGCAGAAGACUCCGUUCAGCAGCCCCACCUCGCCACCCCCUGCUGCCCGGUCAGUCUUGGCGGCAGGAGGAGGGACGGGAGGGUCAUCGGAUGCCCUGUCACCUCCUCUGUCAGGCUCCCCCCGUGAGGACAAGGCCCAGGCAGUGGCCUACGCACACGAGCUGGAGAUGGUGCACCAACGGCGGCUGCACGCAGUGCUGCCAUUGGUGACCCCUCACCCUGUGAGUGGAGCUGGCCCUUCCUCUUCCCCCUCCUCCUCCAUCGUCGUCGGUGGUGGCAGCGGUGGCCCCCCACCUCAGGGCCUCUACACCACCAGCACCAUCCGCUAUGCGCCAGCCGAUGUCGCCUUGGCCAUGCAGGGCAACCUGCUGCCUGCUGCUGCCGCCAUCAACUUUGUGGACCUCAACGCCUCUGCCUUUGGCGGUGGCGGUGGCAGCACUGCUGAUUCAAAAGCCCAAGUGGAGAUGAUCUACCACCAUGUUCAGCGGCUAAACAUGGCGGGGCCCUUCGCCAGCCCCGUUGGUGCAGCUGGCUUGACCCAGGUGCCAGCAGGAAGCGUCUUCACGACAGCCGAGGCCCUGCUGUCCACCCUUCCCUUCCCCAUGAACACGGGCAGUAUCCAUGCCCCCCAGACUUUGGAACGCAAGGAAGAUUGACCUCUUUUGACUCUGCACCCUUGGGCGGCUUCUCUUGAGUGUGAGAAGGGGACAAUCUCCUAAAUCUUUGAAAAAAAAACUAGGUUCAAAGUUGACCCCCACCACCCCUCCAUUUUUUUUAGUUCUGGAGAUGAUGGACCUCAUUCUAUUAUUGUUUUUCCCCAUUAUUUUAACUUCCUUUUUAACCAAUCUCCUCAAAUCCCAUUGAGUAAAAGCACUUAUUUUUCAUUUGGCUCUUGGCCCGAGAGAGGGAGAGUCCAAUCGAAGAUGGACAGAAGCCCAAGGCAUCGCUGCUGACCAGAUGGAGUACCAAUGGGCGCCAUCGCUUCCAAUACCCCUGGAGACCUGAGAAAGUUGGUCGGGGGAGGCACUCCUGUUGGAUGGAGGUUGGGAUGGGGAGGUGCAUCUUAGUCUGGGCCACAAGGCUCUGACUCCGCCAUCCCCGUCAUCUCUGCGCCGCUUGAGCACAAAGCUGACUCACAGGGAGAGCGAGAGUGACCAAGCAAAACUUGUAGCAGACAUUUUGGGCCUGUGUCCUUGGACCUUGCCCGCUUGUUGUCCACUUGGGCCUGUGGCCUGAGCCUCAUCCAGUCAUUGUCCUCUUGGCCCUGCUGUGUGUAUACUGUACAGUCAGUCGGUAAAGAUUGUAAAAAGGGAAAUUGAAAUGAAAUGUCUCCUUUGGACGGAUGGGAGGAUUGCAAAUAAGGCCGGACCCAGUGGGGUGAAAAUGGCCAUUAUGGUAUCUUGUUGUCAUUGGUAUUUGAGACGUUUUUGGGACAGACUGGUACCUUUUUCUGGGGAAUGUGCCCUUCCCAUAACACUGGAUCAUGAUUCCAGCCUAUCUCUCAACGGUCGGUAUUAAUCCUCGGGGAGGGAAAUGGGCUGGGGUGGGUGGAGAUUGGGCACCCAAGGGGUUGGAUGUAGUGGUUUGGAUAUGGGGAGAAGAGGAGUCACUUGAACACCUACAGUCGAGUGUUUCCGUGUUAAAUUGGUGUGGGUUUGCAUCAUGACCCAGACGUUGGUGGCUCAUCUCAUGUCCACGUCUCUGCCAAUUGAUGCCACAAAUUUCUGCAGACAUCCCUUUCUGCCAGUGGCAGAAGGUGGGGCAGUUUGUUUAACUGGUGUUUGCCCCUUUCUUUAAUCAUCUUGAGGUAAUAAUGCUGGGGAAGAUUUGCAUAUCCUUCGAGAAGUGGUAAUGCCAGGAUCAAUCCAUGUCAUCUGUUAGUGACUCAUGCAGAGGGAGGCAAGUGAUCCAAGUUUUGCCAUCAAGCUAGGUUGCCUGGCUGGGGUUGUCACUCAGGACCCUGUGCUGGGGGAGGAGCAGGUGGGCAGGGCAGGAUGGAGUCAUCCAUUAAGCGCUGGCACCUAGCCAAGAUGCCAGCAGGUGCCAAGUACAUUUGUUUUAGUAAAGAUUUAAGAAUGAAGGAUGGGAUUAAAGAUCACCUUAAUGAUGUUUGGUUAACUAGUUAGCCCAUUGGGUUGGUCAGAGCCUCAGGCAAAAGGACCAAGAGGGCAUUUGGAACUAGUUUGGACUUACCUGGGACGAAACACAUCAGAGAUGGAUAAAGAGAGAGUUGGGUGUGAAAGGGAAAGGAGUGACAGUGAGAGAAGGCAGCAGAAGGAGUCAAGCAACAUUGAACAUUCUUUUUCAAAAAUAUAUUGAAACCUUCUGGUUCCCUGACCUCUUGCUCAUCCGCUCACCAUCUCCCUUUUCCUUACUCAGCUGUGGUAAAAAACAGUAUGCGAAUUGGAAACCGGUCUUUCAUCAGAUAGUGACAGAUCAUGAGUGAGUGGAGUAGCUCCUGCAGGACUGGGGUUAAGGUAUACGGUUGAGGUAUUUCAGUGGAAGCUUUACUGUGUCUCUCAUUGUGCUGUAUACCUAUCCUGGGAGUGUUUGAUGGGGACAAUGUAGGUGGACUCUGUAUCCAACCUAUAACCAGAAGAAAUUCCCACUGGGUGUAAAAGGUAUGAUUCUAUUCAUUUUCUGUUAAAAACCUCCAAAUUUAACAAGGCACAGAUGACCCCAGAUUGUCAACAGUGAGGAAAAGCAGAACAGUACCAGUAAUAUGAUCUUUAAGUUUUGUGCAGAAUCACGGACUGUGAUCUUUCCAACCCUUAAGUUUUACCCAAAUUCUGCUGAAAAUCGCCCCUUGAAAAUGUGGAGUAAGAUUUGCUGCAGACCUCUGGUCAGUUUCCUUGGAAAUAAAACUUGAUGUCAUGGUCAUUGUGGGCUAGUCAACAUGAGGGGUGCAGUUGCCAAUUGCAACGCCUAUACCAAUUGCCCCAUCUAAGAUGGCCAAGUCAGUACAAGUUUGAGAUUGGAUGUGGCAAAUCUGAGCCAGUAUAAUAUUGAUGAGUACAACUGCACCAUCCCUAAAGCCAUUGGCAGUGAUACCGGGUUGGGGGAGGAUGCACUCUCAAUUUUAGUACAAUCUGAAGUCCUCGGAAUGGUAAAACUGUUCUCGAGGUUACACUUUGUGAGACAAAACAGAAAUUACUCUUAGCCUUUCCAAAGAAAAACAGACACAUUUGAAGGACAUGCACUUACAUAGCACCUUUCGCAACCUGAGGACGCCCAAAAGCACUUUACAAUCAUUGAAGUACUUCUGAAGUACAGACACUAUUCUACAAACUUUGUGCACAGCAAGCUCCCACAAACCAGGGUUAAUGAUGUUGGUUGAAGGAUAAAUAUUGGCUUAUGGCUCCCCUUUCCUUCAAUGUGAAUUGGAUCACAUGAUCAUUUACCUGAGAAGGGCCUUGUUUUAAGGUCUGACAUGAAAGAUGGCAUUUCUGACAUUGCAGCACUCCCUCACUACUCAUUAGAUUCUGUACUUGGUUCCUUAGAGUGGGAUUUGAACCGACAACCUUUGGAUUCUAAGGUAAGGGGCCAAAACCCUAAGGCACUGCUGACACUCAGAAUUGAUGCAAUGCAACCGCAGUUUAUGAAGCCACGGUUUAUGGCGGAAAGAUGUGUGUUGUUUGACUGUAUAUUGCAUUCAGUAGUGUGUUGUUUGACUGUAUAUUGCAUUUCACAAGUUGUCGUUUGUUGGUCUAAGGCAUCUUGUAACAGCAAUGAUGAACAUCCAGGUGUGGAUUAAUUUUGGCAGGGAUAGCGCAGGGCAGGUUGGGGUGAUUGAGAGAUAUUAAUUAGUUGAUUAAGUUUGAAAGAACAAGGGGGUUGUGAUUGUUUCAUUCCCUUUCAAAGGAAUAGCACAACUUACACCAAGUCCCUACCUGACUGACCCCUAUAAUAGGUCAUCCCACAUGCCAAACAUUAGCAUUAAACUGCUUGCAGAGGGCUGCAGUGUCCUUCAUAAGUGAAGGCACAGGAUUACACUGAUUACAGCAAAACAACAGUACAGACAAAGGCCAUUCAGCCCAUAAUAUUCUUGCUGUGUUGCUGUAGAGCCUCCUGCCGCUUCCACUGUAUUCCUGCAGCUCUGCAAGGUCAAGUGCACGCCCCAAUUUCAAAUCACUUAUCGUAUCUGCUUCUAUCACCUUCACUGCAGGCAGCAGGUUCCAGGUAAUGGCCAACCUCUUUAUCAAACAGUUCUUCCUCAAAUCCCCUCUGCAUCACUUGCCCAAGAUUUUAAAUCUGUGUCUUAAUUAUCCUGAUAUCAUUGGAGAAUGCGGAACAUUACCCAGUCUAAAUCCGUUGGAAUCUUUUGAACCUCUAUCAAAACAUCCCUCAAUAUCUUCUGCUCCAAGAGCAAUAAGCUUAUCUUCUAAGAAUGGUUACAGCACAUAAGGAAGCCACUUGACCUAUGCUGACUUUGUAAGAGCUGCUCAGCUAGACCCACUAUCCAGUGUUUUUCCUGAAGCCCUGCAAUUUUCAACCCCUCUUCACAUAGUUGCCAAAUUCCGCUUUGAAAGCUAUGAACAGUUUCACACAAUACAACUGAGAUCCAAGAGGAAUAAAAUUAGAUACAUUCGUAGCUCCUCAGGUAUGAAGAAUUUUGCACCUACUUUCAGUUUUGGUGGAAAGUAGCAAUGAAUUAUCGUUAUUGCUGGGAAGAGUUACAUGUUGCCAAAGCUUUUUGUUUUGCACUCUCAUGACAAAUGCAAUCAUGCCAAAUUUUAGAUAAUCACAAUGGUUUGCAUUACAGAAGAGUAUUGAUUGAUUAGCAAGUUGAGUCUGACCAAGGAAUGACAUGAAGAAAGCAAUGGUGAACUAUAAGCUUCCCACAUCCCCUGGUAAUUCCAAAAAAGACAGAAGAAAUGAAUGUGUUCCUUUUGUUUUCAUAGAAGACAUUCCUAAUUUUUCUUUGUCAUUAUGUUUAUUUGAAAUUUGGCUUUCUUACAUUUGUCCUGAUGAAUGCAAGAUGAAAGCAAUGGCGAUGCAAUUUUCUCUUCUUGGAGUUAUUUAAACAUUUAUGUGCUGAAUCUAAGGAGGUGUGAUUCACGUUUAAUGAUUAAAGUCAUCCCCUUAAUCAAGCAGCUUUUACAAUUGUAUUUUAAAAUGUCCAGUGCUUACUUUGCGCCAAUAGAUGGUGGCUAACUGCAGAACUUGUUUCUUACUGCAACAUAGAUUUAGCCCUUAAGAUUUCAGAAAGGUCCAUGAAGUGUCUGGACUCUGGUGGUCAGUUUGUUUUCAAUGGCUAGAAUACUGUGGUAGUAAAGCUAUUCAAUGUCAGUUUUGUUACUGUACGUAUUUUGCUGCGGCGUACAGAUCCUCUGGUCAUUCCUCUGCACCCUGCAAUCCCCUGUUUUCCAUUCCAAUUGCCUCCGAUUUUGAACUCAAGAAGCCUAGUUUCUUGGAAAAAUAAAUACACAAGGUAGUGACCCUUUGAUUCCUUUAUAUGAGCUAAGAGGAAGAAUAAGACCUCUUUUCUUUCUAAAGCAUCCUCCACCUAUAAGCAGCGCUUGUCCCUCAAGGUGUUAUGGAAGUGUCACGCUGCAGAGGAGGCCGCUUAGCCUAUUAUGUCUCCACCCAGCUAUCCAAUCACCAUUAUGACUUAGUUCCAAUCUCCUGUGUUUCCUCAUUUGCUUGCACAUUGUUUCUAUUCAAAUAUAUAAUACAUUAUUAAUAUAUUAUUAAUAAUUUAUGUGUUUGUGCCAUUGCUGCUGGAAAUCUGCUGGUCCUGCCCAUGGCUCAGAUCCUUGACAUGGGCAAAACCCUCUCAUGGGGGUGACCACCCUUAAAAUCUCUAAUGAGCCUCAAAUGAACAUAAUUUUCAUUUAAAUGAUCUUUUAUAUUUAACUUUCUUUUUUGUUAUGUGUUCCUUGCUAAUAGCACUUUUAUUGAGUGUCUUGUAUUAACUUUGAUUUUAUUUCCAACUGUUGGGGUUUGUUGCAAGUGAUGAUUCCAGGCAACCUCCAUGUACAUGCAGCUUGGUCAUAACCAGAGUCGGGGUGGGGGGGGGUCCUGUUGUACAGAUCAUCAGGUGACAAAGAAACAACUUGUAUUUAGAUAGCACCUUUCACUGCCCAGGAUGUUUCAAAGCACUUCUCACUCUCUGAGGCACAAUAAGGUUCCACAAGCAGCAAUCAACUAAUAACCAGAUGCCUUCUAUUGGCAAAGACAUAACAAUUAAUUACAUCAGUCCACUUUUCUAGAUCAAGCUGUAGAAUCUUUUAUGAUUAGUCUGAGUGGUUUAGUAUCUCAUCUGAAAGAUGGUAUCUGCAGGAAUGCAGCACUCCCUUAGUACAGCACUGAACUGUCAGUGUGGGUUAGCUGGAAGAAUGCAAGUUGAACUCGAGUGCUGCUUACUGAGACACGGUAGCAUGGUAAUGAUCAGCUGGAGGACUGUGGCCUGGCCUAGUCUUUGAUAUAUGAAUCCAUCAAGACAUUUAGAUCUGAUCUCCAUUGCCAAAACUCAAACCAUAAAGCUUAUCCUUUCCAAAGACAGGCACAGACCAUCUCAAAUCAGUUGUUAAAUUUCAAGGAAGAUUAAACCUAUCUUAAUUAAUUCUUCUCUGUAUUCAAAUACCUUCAGUUGAAAUACUUAUGCCUGAUUUGAAAAUUAAGGACGUGUGUUGCUUGUGGAUGUGAUAGAGUAGCAGCAAUGUUAAUGGAUUAGUUUUCCAGUCUGAAAACAUUAAGAUUUCAGUUUUUAAAUUCAGCUUUAUUCUCAAUAGGCAUAAAAGUUAGGAGCAGCAGUAGACCAUUGACCUCUUCAAAUCUGUUCUACCGUUUAGUCCGAUCGUGGCAUCAACACCAAGUUUCCUUCUUGCACCCCAUAUUCUUUGAUUCUCCAAGAGACCAAAAAUCAGUCUGUUCCAGAUUUAGGUAAGGAAAUCUAUUGUUCUUACCCAGCCUGACCUGUGUAUGACUCCAGACCUAUGCCACCUGGGUUGUAUCAAGGGCAAACCAGGACUGGUAAAUAAUGCAGCCUUGUCACAUCCUGAAAAUAACCACGGAAAUGAAGGGGUUGGUGGGGGAAAUACCUCAAUGUUAUUCAAAUUUUGAUCCAGAAACUAAUUCCAGUCCAUUCUUUUAAAGUUAAGAUGUAAAAGAUUACAAUGGAGAUCCAUUAUUGUUCAAAAUAUUUGGUAAUGAUGUUUUAAGGGUUAAAGGAUAAUUAGUUAUUGUUUGUAGAUUCAUAUCAAAGGAAUGCCUCUCCUAUGUAUUGUACUCUGGUUAGCAGAAUCCUGGUGGAUUUCUCUCCCCUCUGUGGGAUUGAGACAGCACUCUAUCAGUCCUGUGGCCCUGCAUUUCAUCACAUUGGGCAGAUCAGUGCACCAGAACCCUAGGCUUGUGGUCUGGGCAUAUGGUUUCAAAAUCCCCUCCAUAACAAAUGGUGACAUUUGAACUAAAUAGAAUCUGGAAUUAAAAAAGCUAGCCUAGGCGGCGACAUCACAUUUCAUUUAUGAUAAAACAGCAUUCAGUUGCUAAGGACUUAACCUCUGGAAUUAUUUCACAGAGCCCCUACCUGCCAAUACUUUCUUGAAUAUGUCACUUAAAACCGACCUGUUCUGCUCAGUUGCCUCAUCAUAUGACUCAAUGUCAACCUUCUUGUGGAACACCACUACUUUCAUUCACUAUGUUCUAAAUAAAUGCAAGUUGUUGUUUCAGCUGCAAGUGUUUUGUAAGUGAUUCUCCUAUCUGCACUCCACAUGCAUUCUCUCAGAGAGGCGAGGAGUUGCACAGGUCAGGGAGAAUUGGCACAUCGGUAGUGCGCUAUUUUUGUCUGCAGAUAAGGUCCUACACCAGGUUGCUAAAGAUUGCUUCCAGGCUAGCUGGGAUCACCAAUGCAUUCCGAGAACCCCUGGCCCUCCCCUGAAGCCACCAUUAUCACAAGAUCCAACCACCUGCCCACCAUUUGUGGAGCUGAGAGUCAUCUCUCCCUCUAUUCCCCUAGCCUCCUUUUCUGGACAAUCCUUGGAUAUUGCUGUGAGUAAAAGCCAAGGGAAAAUUCCUGUGCCAGGGCAGGGGAGAGACUUUCUCAACACUUUGUUAUUUUUAACUGGUGGAUGUUGAGAAAUAUUUUUCGACUGAGACAAGAAUCAUUCAAUUGGGGAUUUAGUCUGUUCACUUUAUGGGUACGGGGUAGCUCCCCCUGCAAGAACGGACAUGGCAAGAGGCUGAUGGUGUGAGAUGGAAGAAUUUAGGUGAAGUGACUUCCAGGAAUGCCUCCACACAAGGCUGACUCCCUAGGCCUUAUGAGCUACAAACCAACACAGCAGGUCUGCUCGCAUCUAUUGAGACAGAGAAACAGAGUUAAGGUUUCAAAUCCAGUCUGACUUUAUUUUAAGAACUGAAAGAGGUUGGAAAAUAGGUGGGCUUUUUAUACUGUUAACAGGCAAAGAGGACUGAAUGGAAUAGCUCCAGAUUAUUUCACUGGAGCAGGUGCAUGUCCGUUCAUGAAAGCUACAGAGAGUGAAUUUGUUUUUAAACACAGAACAGUUAAAGCACAGAACUAUGCCAUUUGACUAAUCGUGACUAGACCUACUGUCUGUGAGAGCAACUCCUCUAAUUCUGCUCACCUGCCUUUUCUCUGUGAAUUUGCAAACUUUCUAUCUUCAAUUUAUAAAUCAAUUCUGUUUUGAAGGCUCCGAUUAUUUUUGCCAUCUCAUGGUAUUUUUUUUCCAACUUUCAUCUUACACCUUUGACUUGUCACUUGGGACCAGCUAAAUUGUCUAACUCUUGCUCCAUGUAGUGGAGCUCAUGAAGGUUUUCAAGAUUGGUGUUGGCUCAUGUUGCAUUUUCAAGUGGGUGAUUUUGUUUCAGGUUGUGAUCACAGUGUAUAUUUUGUGACAGAACAGAUAUUUUACUUGCUGCGUUCAUGUAAUGCCAGGCGAUCUAACACUGCAUCCCAAGGAGUCUGGUGGGGGAGGGAGAUGGCUACAGAGGAGUUGAGGGGAACGGUCACAAAGCAAAGAUUUAGCCCAGUUCCAUUUCUGUAUAUACCAAGAUCUUGAAAAUCUGACAAAAUAAGAAAACGAGGAAGGAUGGGCAUUUCUUACUGUGAAUUGAAGAUUCCAAUUGUUUCUGGUGACACCCUUUGGAAUUUUGGUCACUUUUAGAAUGUAGGAAAACAUGGCAGAUCUUGCAGAGCAAUCAUCAGAUAUUCUGUUUUCCUGAUAGUUUAGAGAGGCUAAUGAUGACUGUAAAAUCAUUGUCAUUUAGGGAGGGAAACUUACCAUCUUUACCUGGUCAGGUCUAUAUGACUGCAGACCCACAGCAAGUCUUAACUGUCCUUUGGGCAAUCAAGGAUGGCAAUAAACGCUGGCCCAGCUAGAGAUGUCCACAUUCCAUAAGUGAAUUUAGAAAAUGACUGAAAGCACCAGGAGAGUGGUGACAUCCCUGCUCUUCUAUUCAAAAUACUGCCACAAGCUCUUUUUGGUCCCUUAAAGGAAUGGGUGGUGGAGGUAAGCUACCUUUUCAACCCUCCAACUUAGAAAACUGAAACAGAACAAACUUGGAAAUGGGAAACAUCAGUUAGCGAUGUUCCAGUGGCAGAGUUGUGUGGGACAGCUGAAAAUGGAAAUGCAGCCUUUGAGCAGUCCUUACAUUGAAAACACCAUAAAAUGAAGUCUCUGGUGCACCUCAAAACAGCCUGUUAUGCAGGCACAGCUCAGUGUCUUAUCAAGUGACACAAACGGUGUGUGGUUCAAACAAGGACCCCCAUUCGGGGGCUUUUCAUGGGGGGAGAGGAAGCAGGGUGGUUAUUCCACUUUGGCUGGACCAAAGGUGAACAGCCUUUCUCUGCUCCUGCCCGUGGGCAACUUCAUGAUAUAAAUUGACUAGAGUGAUAUAGGGGGAAUUGUGUGCCCAGCUUUGACCUUCUUCAGUUAACCCAUAGUCACCCACUAUCUGAACCUGGACUGAUUACUGUGUAGUUCAGUUUGUUGAGGGUGGGACAUAGAGCGGUAUCCCCAUCAAAACCCAGACUGUCAGGAGGUUUAAGCCAAUCAGCCUCUUGAGACAAACAGGGAAUGUUGGAGAAACUGAGCAGGUGUGGCUAAAUCUGUAGACAGAGACAAACUUUAGUGUGACUUCAGAAUUCUUGAGGAUGUUCCAUUAGAUCCCAGAUACUCUUAAUCUUAACUCCCACGUACUUUUCUUGUAUUAGUUAAUGCCCUUACCUUACAGAAAUUUAAGAGAUGUUAAUGUGAAAAGCUCCCUGUAUGAGUCAUACUGGUAUGUAUGUCACACCCUGUCUCUAGAACAUGCAAAACCAGAGCUGGGAGUGCAGUGUACUUGUUGUAUUUUAUGGUAGAUUUACACUAAUUGCAUAUUUAAGUGCAAGUGUGACAAAAGCUUCUGCAACUUCAAUCACCGUAAGCCCCCAUGGCAGUGGUGUCUUUUGGGAGGGAUGUGGGAGUGAAAAAGGGAAAGUCUGUCUGAAAACGUUUCCUCGAGUGAGAUGGAGAGACUGGAAAGCUGGCCUGCCUGUUUAAUCCACACCGACUGGCUCAUUGUUGCUUCUCACUGUACUUUGUUUGUAAAACGUAAACUGUUUCUAAAGCACUUGUCAAUGGUGCGGGUUCCGACGCACUUCAUUGCCCCCCCUCCCCCAACCACUGUGUAAACUGUAUAAAUGUUAAACAUUCGAUGUUGCCAGUCUGAUCUGUGAGGGCAGACUGGCAUUAAACUGGGGAAAAAAAACAAAAAAAAACUUGAUUUGAUCAAGGUUCAAAAACAAAAAAUACAAACUAACAACA